GGCGGCGGCGGCGGCGGCGGCGGCAGUGGUGGCAGCGGCAUUGUGCGCGCGGCGCAGCCCGGCCCGGGAGGAGCAGGACGCGCCGGGGCCGCCUCCUCCCGCACGGACCGAUGAGCCAGCCGGGCGGCGCGGCGGCUCCGCAGGCUGACGGAGCCAGUGCAGCUGGAAGGAAAAGCACGGUUAGCAGGGAACGCUUGAAGCGCAGUCAGAAGAACGCUAAGGUGGAGGGCACGGAGCCAGUGCCUGCUGAGGCCUCGCUGAGUGCUGAGCAGGGGACGAUGACGGAGGUGAAGGUGAAAACAGAACUACCAGACGACUACAUCCAGGAGGUCAUCUGGCAGGGCGAGGCCAAGGAGGAGAAGAAGGCAGUCGGCAAGGAUGGAACUGGUGAUGUGCCUGCCGAGAUCUGUGUGGUGAUCGGUGGCGUCCGCAACCAGCAGACCCUGGAUGGAAAAGCUCCCGAAGGCAGCCCCCACGGUGGAUCUGUUCGGAGCCGAUAUUCAGGGACCUGGAUUUUUGACCAAGCUUUGAGAUAUACAUCUGGGUCCUAUGAAUGUGGGAUCUGCGGCAAGAAGUACAAGUACUACAACUGCUUCCAGACCCACGUGCGGGCACACCGAGACACCGAAGCCACCUCAGGGGAGGGAGCCUCCCAGAGCAACAAUUUCAGGUACACAUGUGACAUUUGUGGGAAGAAAUAUAAAUACUACAGCUGCUUCCAGGAGCACCGAGAUCUUCAUGCUGUGGAUGUGUUCAGUGUGGAAGGGGCUCCCGAGAAUCGGGCAGACCCCUUUGACCAAGGUGUUGUGGCCACGGAUGAGGUGAAGGAGGAGCCUCCAGAGCCUUUCCAGAAAAUUGGACCAAAAACUGGCAAUUACACCUGUGAGUUCUGUGGGAAGCAGUACAAGUACUACACGCCCUACCAGGAGCACGUGGCCUUACACGCCCCCAUCAGUACCGCCCCCGGGUGGGAGCCACCGGAAGAUCCAGACACGGGUUCUGAGUGUUCCCAUCCAGAGGUCACUCCAUCUCCACGCUUCGUGGCAACAAAGACCCAGACGAACCAGUCCGGGAAAAAAGCUCCAGCCUCCGUGGUCCGAUGCACCACCCUCUUACACCGCACCCCUCCAGCUACCCAAACUCAGACGUUCCGGACUCCAAACUCUGGAUCUCCAGCAAGCAAGGCUACUGCAGCAGAAAGCACCUUCAGUCGGCGAGUAGAAGGCAAAGCACAGAACCACUUUGAAGAGACCAAUAGCAGCUCACAGAAUUCCAGCGAACCCUACACAUGCGGCGCCUGUGGCAUCCAGUUUCAGUUCUACAGCAACCUGCUGGAGCACAUGCAGUCCCAUGCAGCUGACAAUGAGAACAACAUCACCUCCAACCAGUCCCGGUCUCCACCUGCUGCAGUAGAAGAAAAGUGGAAACCUCAGGCCCAGAGGAACAGUUCCAACAACACCACAACUAGUGGUUUGACACCCAACAGUGUAAUACCUGAGAAGGAGCGGCAGAACAUUGCAGAACGGCUACUACGGGUCAUGUGUGCUGACCUGGGUGCACUGAGCGUGGUCAGUGGGAAGGAGUUCCUCAAGUUGGCACAAACCCUGGUAGACAGUGGCGCCCGCUAUGGGGCCUUCUCAGUCACUGAGAUCCUGGGCAACUUUAACACACUAGCACUGAAGCACCUGCCACGCAUGUACAACCAGGUGAAGGUAAAGGUGACGUGUGCCCUGGGCAGCAAUGCCUGCCUGGGCAUCGGUGUCACAUGCCACUCCCAGAGUGUGGGCCCUGACUCCUGCUACAUCCUCACGGCCUACCAGGCUGAGGGCAACCACAUCAAGAGUUAUGUGCUAGGUGUAAAGGGCGCAGACAUCCGUGACAGUGGUGACUUGGUGCAUCACUGGGUGCAGAACGUGCUGUCAGAGUUUGUGAUGUCAGAGAUCCGGACCGUAUAUGUAACGGACUGCCGGGUGAGCACAUCAGCCUUCUCCAAGGCUGGCAUGUGCCUUCGCUGCUCAGCCUGUGCCUUGAACUCAGUGGUGCAGAGUGUGCUGAGCAAGAGGACACUGCAGGCCCGCAGCAUGCAUGAGGUCAUCGAGCUGCUCAAUGUGUGUGAGGACCUAGCAGGCUCUACGGGCCUGGCCAAGGAAACCUUUGGCUCUCUGGAGGAGACAUCACCCCCACCCUGCUGGAACUCAGUGACAGACUCGCUGCUCCUGGUGCAUGAGCGCUAUGAGCAGAUCUGUGAGUUCUACAGCCGUGCCAAGAAAAUGAACCUCAUUCAGAGCCUCAACAAGCACUUGUUGAGUAACCUGGCCGCCAUCCUGACACCUGUGAAGCAGGCGGUCAUUGAACUCAGCAAUGAGAGCCAGCCCACCCUGCAGCUGGUGCUGCCCACCUACGUCCGGCUAGAGAAGCUGUUCACAGCCAAAGCCAAUGACGCAGGCACUGUCAGCAAACUGUGCCAUCUCUUUCUAGAAGCACUCAAGGAGAACUUCAAGGUGCACCCAGCCCACAAGGUGGCCAUGAUCCUGGAUCCUCAGCAGAAACUUCGGCCAGUGCCACCCUACCAGCACGAGGAGAUCAUCAGCAAGGUGUGUGAGCUCAUCAACGAGGUGAAGGAGUCCUGGGCUGAAGAGGCCGACUUUGAGCCUGCCGCCAAGAAGGCACGCUCAGCCACUGGCGAGCACCCCGCUGCAGCUCAGGAGGAUGACCGGCUGGGCAAGAACGAAGUAUAUGACUACCUUCAGGAACCCCUCUUCCAGGCUACUCCCGAUCUCUUUCAGUACUGGUCAUGCGUGACCCAAAAGCACACGAAACUUGCCAAGCUCGCCUUCUGGCUCCUGGCUGUUCCUGCUGUGGGGGCUCGAAGCGGGUGUGUAAAUAUGUGUGAACAAGCACUUCUGAUCAAGAGGAGGCGACUGCUUAGUCCAGAAGACAUGAACAAGCUCAUGUUUUUGAAAUCCAACAUGCUUUAAGACUCAACUUUGGGGA